UGCGACCCGAGUGGAGGCCGCGGAGCCGCCCUCCAGUCCUGAGGAACACUCGCCGCGCUCAGCCCGCGCCGCGGUCAUCUCAGUACCGACGCUAAGCAGCCCAGCUAGCCUGGCUUGAUCUAGCCUGUUCCUGGCAGGUAGCACUGCACUAGUCCUUCCAGCACAAGAAGCCCCAUCCCAAAGGACAUGAAGCUACUGGAGAACUCCAGCUUUGAGGCCAUCAACUCGCAACUGACAGUGGAGACUGGAGAUGCCCAUAUUAUUGGCAGGAUUGAAAGCUACUCGUGUAAGAUGGCAGGUGAUGAUAAACACAUGUUCAAGCAGUUCUGUCAGGAGGGCCAGCCCCAUGUGUUGGAGGCACUGUCCCCACCCCAGACUUCAGGCCUCAGUCCUAGCAGACUGAGCAAGAGCCAGGGUGGUGAAGAUGAAAGCCCUCUAAGUGACAAGUGCAGCCGCAAGACCCUCUUCUAUCUGAUUGCCACACUCAAUGAGUCCUUUAGGCCAGACUAUGACUUCAGCACAGCCAGAAGUCAUGAAUUCAGCCGGGAGCCCAGCCUCAGCUGGGUGGUAAAUGCAGUCAACUGCAGCCUGUUCUCAGCUGUGCGGGAAGACUUCAAGGCCCUGAAGCCACAGCUGUGGAAUGCAGUGGAUGAGGAAAUUUGCUUAGCUGAGUGUGACAUCUACAGCUAUAAUCCAGAUCUGGACUCAGACCCCUUUGGGGAAGAUGGAAGCCUCUGGUCAUUCAAUUAUUUCUUUUACAACAAGCGUCUAAAACGAAUUGUCUUCUUUAGCUGCCGCUCCAUCAGUGGCUCUACCUACACACCCUCAGAGGCAGGCAAUGCAUUGGACUUGGAACUGGAAGCGGAAGAGGUUGAUGAAGAGAGUAGAGGUGGAGGCAGUGAGGGCAAGGCAGAGACCAGCACCAUGGAGGAAGACAGGGUUCCAGUGAUCUGUAUGUGAUGAGGAAAAGUAGAAGUCUCAGCUUCGUCCAACCUUGACCAAUGCCUGGACCUGCCUACCUAAGGAGCUCUAGAGCCUCCCCAGAUGCUGGCUACACCGCGGCACUGCCACUGUCCUGGCGCUGCCCAAGGCUAUACCUGCCUUGCCCUUUGGCUUCAGCCUGUGGAUGUCCACAUACCCCUGCAGGCCCUUACUGCCCAUGCUGUGGCUGAAUUAAACAGCACAGGGCCUGAAAGAAAAGUGACUCUGCACCAACAGUCUGCCACAGACAGGACAGCUGGACCACAGAGUUUAUUUUUGUAUUUCUUACUGGGCCUGUACACUCCAGCUCUAAGGGCCAGUGACUUGAAGCCCUGUUAGUGGUGCCCACUGUUUUAUGGGGUCUGGUUUUGGACCAGCCCCUGGUGCCCACUUUUGCCCCCCCACCUUACCAGGUGGCCACAUGCACUGAGUGUCACUUUGCUGCAGCUCAUUCGUUUCCAAUAAAAGUUUCUGUGACUUA